AUGUGGAAGCCGUCGGAGCGCCUGAUGGAGACCAUCAGGCAUUACGCCAGCUUUCCGGCGACUGGUGUCUCGCUCCGACAAAUGGUUCAAUUCGGAGAUAGACCGUCAACUGGAACCUUGUUUCGCGCCUCACAAUUUUUAUCAGAAGAACUGCCUAUUCGCCUCGCUCAUCGCGUCCAGGAUCUUGGAGAACUUCCUGACGGGCUCAGUGAAAUGCCCUCGAUCAAGAAGGUCCAGGACUGGUACGCGCAGUCCUUCGAAGAAAUCAUUACCCUUCCCCGACCGAGCCUCACCCAAGAAGUAAAGGCGCGCCUUUUGCGCCAGAACAGAGCGCAUAACGGACAUUCUAAAAUUCUCUCCGAAACUACACAGAAUCCAAGCAUCCGUGAGGGGCAGUACCGCUCUUCCCCCACCUCUAUAAACGGCAACGGCAACGGCAAGGCAGCUGCAGCUGCAGCGCGAAGAUACUUUGUCCCAUCAGAUGACCAGGGAAAUUGGCCUCCGGAAUUGAAUGACUACAAUGAACGUUUCGCAAAGACCCUGCAACACAUCAAACGGCGACACGACAGUGUUGUGACUACAGUGGCUCAAGGAAUUCUCGAAUGGAAACGCAAGCGCCAGCGGCUACAAAUCGACUCGACCAUACAAUCAUUUCUUGAUCGCUUCUACAUGUCCCGCAUAGGUAUACGAAUGUUAAUCGGCCAACACAUCGCUCUAACGGAACAAACGCACGUACGACACCCCAAUUAUGUCGGGAUUAUAUGUACCAAAACGAAUGUGCGGGAGGUGGCACUCGAGGCUAUCGACAACGCUCGUUUUGUCUGCGAGGAUUACUAUGGUCUCUUUGAAGCUCCUAAGGUGCAGCUUGUCUGUAAAGAAGAUCUGAACUUCAUGUACGUUCCGGGUCAUCUGUCACACAUGCUCUUUGAGACUCUGAAGAACUCUCUGCGUGCUGUGGUGGAGACCCACGGUGCAGAAAAGGAGGCAUUCCCUAUCACCAAGGUCAUCAUCGCGGAAGGUAAAGAGGACAUCACGAUCAAAGUCUCGGAUGAGGGCGGUGGUAUUCCACGUUCCUCCAUUCCUCUUGUCUGGACCUAUAUGUACACGACUGUUGAGCAAACCCCCAACCUGGAUCCCGACUUUGACAAGAGCGACUUCAAAGCACCUAUGGCAGGGUUUGGAUACGGUUUGCCCAUCAGUCGUCUAUAUGCUCGGUAUUUCGGGGGUGACCUCAAGUUGAUCAGUAUGGAAGGAUACGGAACGGACGUCUACCUCCAUCUGAACCGCUUAUCGUCGAGUUCAGAGCCCCUCCAAUGA